CAUUUGUCAUUACGUGGCUCUACUAGUUUAGGAAAAGAAAACAAGCUUAUGGUCGGCUAAUUGCAGAAAUAUCUGUUUCUUAUCAAGAAUUAAUAUAUUAUUAGCAAUAUGGACAGUAAAUGGACUAAUCUAGGGCUCAUAGUAGCAGUUUUUGUCACCUUACUUAGCUCUGUAACUAGCUAUACUAUCACAGUCGAUGCCCAUGCCGAAGAGUGUUUUUUCGAACAUGUUGAAGCCGAUACGAAAAUGGGUCUAACCUUUGAAAUAGCAGAGGGUGGAUUCCUCGAUAUAGAUGUGACAAUCACUGGCCCUGACGGGACAGUGAUUUACCAUGGCGAGCGAGAAUCCUCGGGCAUGUACACAUUCUCUGCUCAUGUGUCCGGCCGCUACACAUACUGCUUCAGCAAUAAGAUGUCUACUAUGACACCAAAGGUUGUAAUGUUCAACCUGGAAAUCGGAGAUGCGCCCCACAAGGCGGAGGGAGACAAGGACGAGGCUCCGGACCACAACAAGCUGGAGGAUAUGAUCAAGGAGCUGGCCACCACUCUCAAGACGGUCAAGCAUGAGCAGGAGUACAUGCAGGUUCGUGACCGCAUCCACCGCUCCAUCAACGAGAGCACGAACUCCCGCGUGGUGCUGUGGUCUGUGUUCGAGGCCUCCGUGCUCCUCGUCAUGACCGUGGGGCAGGUGUACUACCUCAAGCGCUUCUUCGAAGUGCAGCGCGUCGUUUAACGCACCAUAGACUGCCGGGUUUGGAGUAAUUCGAUCAAGGCUUGCAAUACAGGGUUCGCAAUAUAGUCAAUGGGCCAGGCUUAUUACUGUCGCGCUUAUAAAUCAUUCGUCAUUAUUUCACGGACGAGAGGGGCGUAUUUUGAAAUUCGGCGCCCCGGGCCAAUAAGUUUUGUCGCCCCAGAAGUCAAGCAAGAAAAACAAAAUGUAAUCCAUCAGGGCCGGCAUACUGCGCCCUUAGCGGAUUGGCGCCUCGGGCCAUGGCCCGGAUGGCCCUAGGGUAAAUACGCCCCUGCAGACGACAAACAUAGGGUGGGGCAUCGCAUCCAUACAGCUAAAAAAGGGCUUGGCACAAGUUACUAGUAAUUAGAGAAUAAAAUAGGUGUGUGCUAAAAAAUCCUUGUAUUGCAUCUACAAUCUAUGUUACUCUAAAUCAGGUGGGUAUUGUAUUUAAAAUCAAUUCGUCAUUAGGCGAAAUGUGUUUUUAGUUCAAUCAGCAGUGUUAGGCAUGUUUUAAUCAAUGCAAUGUUUCUAUAUAAUGAUUUAAAAUAUCUGUUGGAACUAAGAACAUAUACCGCCUAUAUGACUUCUACUCGCUCCCAGUAUGUGACAAUAUCAUGACUGCUUUCAUAUAAUCAAGUGAGCUAAUGAAUGACACUACAAUGAACCUUAUUUAUAAGUAUUUAUGAGCUAUUUUUCUACUUACUGCAGUAUAUGGCUCGCCAUUCUUUUGGGUUUGUUUAUUUACGAACCAUUUGUACAAACAAACGCAUUCAGAAUAUUCAAUAGAUGCCGUUAAAUGAAUACAUUCAAUUAUUGUAAUACGAUGAACCCCAAAGACUUAUUUAUGCCACGCACGCACAUAUCUGUAAAAUUUUAGUGCUUAUUUCGUUUUCCCCUAAAAUAUUACCACGUUCAGUUAAUGACCAUAGUACAAAAGAACUGGGUGGUCACCGUCAACGCACUUGGCCAAUAUUUGGCAAUCAUUCGCCCGUUUUCGCAAACAUGGCUCUAUUUCUCUUUUAUUUUUAUACUAAGGAAAGAGAUGCUGUACGAAUAUUUGUCAUAUUUCUAUAGGUACUUUAGGGUGGUAUUCCACCUGUCCAAUUUCUUUGUCCAAUGUGCAUUGCGUCUCACUUUCUCAUUAAGCAAAAUGUGGAAUUCAAAUACACAUUGGACAGAUGGCAUACCACUCUUGGGAGGAUAAUCGAAAUACGCUGUAAUAGAGUUCUCGCGCAAAUGUUAUGUUUGUAAUAGUGAUCAAUAGUAAUCAUCACAAGGGAGCGAGGCGUGGACGCGUUCUGAUCUGAGGUGUGACUGCGGGAGUUAUUGAGUUAUGAGUUUUGAUGAAAUAAAUUAAUAAUGUUUGUACA